CUAGUUUGGCAAUAGCACGAGCUGCAGCUGCUCUCAAGGCGAAGCACGAUGCGCCUCUUAUGCCGUGUUCGGGUAGUGGGAGCCCGUACAGAUAAUGAUGACACGGCAAAUCAUACGGCGUCUUCUCCGCAGCUGCCUUCCGGCUGCGCAAGCAAGGGAUCCGAAAGUGAAGAUAUUGCUAUUGGCAAUCCACUGAUUCUCGCAGUUCCAAUCCGCGACGCGACAAGCACCACGGUGGCAACGCUCUUAUCCGAGGUGAAGAAGCGGGCAGCGAGCUGCGUAGACGAGCUACCUUCGGCUUUUGCUCACGAUGUUGACUUUCUUGAUAGCGGCGCCGCGCCGAUAUGGAGUGGCUCUGGUGCGGGAGCAAAUCGCGAGGGCAUCCCAUCGAGAACGAGUAGCACAAGCUCCUCGACUGCAAUGCCAGGAUGCAUCGACAACCAGGGCAGGAAAAACUACUACCUGACACACGAGGGUGCCAGGUUGUUUCCCGACGACAUCUUGGAAGAUCUCUUUCAGUCUUCUCCAGUGGAGCUAGAGCUGCAUGUACGAAGUGCGACGUCGCCGUUCCCUAGUCCGAGAGGAGACCACCUCGAAGCUGGAGGUAGCUUUUAGUUCUUUUUUCGAUUGACUGCAACGGACGAAUUUGCUUACUAUAUAAGAAUAGCUUUUGCAUCUGCAUCACGAGCACGAGCAGCUCGUCUGUUCUUGCUGCAGUGCGCUUACUGACAUUCCGCAACUAGCACGGGUGUGUUUUUGCCACUUCUUCUAAGAAGAAUGAGCAAAAUUUCAAGAAUGGGUCCAACAUCAACACGAUACCUCUACCUCAGGGCUGCUCGCAGGUCCAUCCAAGAAUCUGGAAGAAAUCAGUGAGUUCGAGCUGCAAGUGCAAGAUGAGAAUGGUUCGUCGCCCACCUGGUACUGGCACUUGCACGACCACGAGCACUCACGGCAGAUGUUACUGGAGGCAAGCAGUUUGCAGGACCGUCCGUUGAGCACCACAUCGCGAAACUCCUCUAUCAAAAGGGCCGCGGCCGCGACGGCGUCCUCGUCCUCCCACCUGAUGAGCUCCGACGCACUGGCGUUCGUACCGGGGGCCAGGAGUCGCUGCGGGUCGGCUAGUGACGUCGUGCCCAUAAUUGAAGACCAGCCUGUGGGGACGUCGACAUCUUCGAAGAGUGCCGCUUACGAUCCUACCAUGCAGGCACGCGCGGGGAGCAGUAGUUGUGCCGCGGAUCGUGAUGCUGCCAGUGUUGAAAGUAAAGAAAACUUUUUUCGCUCUGGCUAUCAUCACGAUGAGCAGUACAACACGAGCAGGUUCUUCCAGCAGGAGCCUACUUCCGUAGUGGAGCGCAAAUACAGUGGAGGAAUGGAGGAUCGACACAACGAUCAUACGCACAUGGAGCUGUACCACGAGCACGAUUACAAGAACGAGUACGGGCAGCAUCACCAAUUCGCGUGGAGCGAUUACGCGUACCACCAGCAAAAUGACGAACACUACGAUCAGUAUUACAACACGUACAACUGCACGGACGUUCCGGAGAUAGGAAGGAACAGCACGUACUCUAAGCCAACGCCCGAUCACGAAGAUGAGGACGACUGUGCUGGUUUUUCGGAUGCAAAGGCGGGGACGACGCAGCAGGUGGUUCAUCACGACACCAGGCCUCCUGGCGUUCGAAUUACCUCAAGCUCCGAUGUGCAUAUCGCACCGCCGCAUUCAGCCAGCGGAAUUGGAGAAAACGCCGGGAAUCACCGGGCGGGGGUGCCUCCAGGCAGCGCGGUCGGUACGUUGUCCGCUGGUGUGUCAUCCAGCAGUUCGUCGUCUGCAUCAUGUCCUGUUGCUUCCUCAGGUAGAGUAGAUGUUGCAGGUCAACAGACGGUCGGAGCAGCGCCGGGCCUGCAGUCUCAGUCGUUACGCCCCUACCAAUUGGUCGGGUACUCAAAGAGCUCGCUUGCUGAUACAACAGCAGGUGCACAAACGUCGUGUGGGGUUUCUGGAGCUGCAGAAGCGGUGCGGCAGAACGAGAGUUCAAGCUGUGACGAGAGAGAAGUGGAGCGCGCACGUGGUCCCUCGAAUUGCAGUGGCCGCACACACGAACUGCCAUACGAAGACGCAUUCACCACUGCUUGUUCUCCGCCUGACCAGUAUGUCGAAAUAGUGCAGGAGCAAAAAGCCAUCUGGACCAUUUACGGCAUGAAGGACAAGCUGCAAAGUGAUUUCUCGGGUGCAACUGGUACUCAUGGCGGCAUCAACAAUUGCGACGCAAGAGAACCCAAAGUGGUCACAACAAGCCAAGACCAACUGAAACUGGUCUCGCCGCCUUUCACCUUGUUCGGCAUGAAAGGGUUGCGAUUGGUGCUGAAUCCGGGAUGUUCUAGAGGUCCGGAUGGUAGUGCGACGUCUCCAUCGCUGCAUGUUGGUGGUACACUACAAGGUCAAACGUGUGGAGGGAGCAAUGCCAAUAGAUCCAGUGCGUCGUCGAGCUCUUCCAGUCGGAAGCACGCGACGGACACUUCUACAUGGUGUCACCGGAGCCAACAAGGUCACGGCCUGUGCAGAGUCGCUUUGGAAGUUCCAGCGCUCUGCGACCAAGAAGACCUCGUCCACAACUUCUCAUCGUCCACCUCGUCCUCCGAUAACAGUGCGAUAACCAAAGGAUUAAUACGAAGCAAGACCAGGGGAUGUCACAGACCGCGGCUCCGAGUGAAGUUGCGGGUAGGCAAAACGGAGAAAGUUUUGCAUUCUCUCGACGCACUUCAGGAGACGUUGGAAAGCAGUAUGGGAGUUGAGCUCCAAGAUGAGAUCCAGCCAACCGAUUGCGAGCGGGCAGGAACGGAGCAGGAACGCUUUUGGACGGCCACUGGAGCUGGUGGAGGUGGCAACGACGUCAGCGCAACGACUGACGAUUUGCGAGGUUCUCUAGUAGAAACGACUGAGCACGUCACGAGUUGUGUGUCCUCAACAACAGCCUCUGGCCCAAGUUCCACUCGCUCCUCAAAUUCGACAAGUUUCGUUCGGGAGCAAGAAUGUGACACCACAGGACAGUCCACCUUCGACUCGGACUUACCCGCAUCGCCUCCUGCGAUUAAACCCGUCGUCGUUAUGGAAGACGAUCCGACUGCCGGCGGCCAGCGCAUGUACGUUGUAUACGCGAAUACAAAGAAACCGAAACGUCGGCGCAGUGUGGACAAAGAGCAAGAUGUAGUUGAGCGAGCAAGUAGCCGAUCGAGAAGUAGAGAAAAACACAGGACUGGAGGUACACAACAUGAUAGUGUCGCCAGCGUACACGACCUUGACGUUGCAACGAAAAUAGGUUUUGAGAAGGAUGUUUUGGAAGCAAGCACGACUCUUGCAUCGAACUCCACGUGUGCGAGCUUGACGGCCGAAAACAAGAACCACGACGGCGGCAAUAGUGGCAUGAGCACGCCGGACGACUCGACUUCAGUGGUCGACCAACCGCAACCCGAGCCUUCGGCGCCCCCAACGGCCAGGCACGCGGCCAGUAAACCACGCACACGGUUUGUCAGCAGCGACCUGAGUUUCGCGGCGAGACAGGCGGCCAAGACGAUCCAGCGAAAAAUCAAGCGGGAUUGCGAGACGGCAUUCGCUGACAAAGUCGAGAUUUCGGUGGAGAUUCUCGACGUAAUCGAUGAACACGAGGAGCUGAAGGUGAGUACGGUACAGAGUCACGAGGCGGCCGCGGCUAGUAGCGGAGGCGGCGGAGGUCACCAGCAGUACGAAUACUUUCCGCAGUUGCAGGCGACCUGGAGCAUUUGGAACGUGCGUCACAAACUUGCAAAGUUCGGGAAGAACAUAUUGAGAGGAAAAAUCCCCCCUCCCCAUAUCGAAGCGAAGUCUCUGAUGCUGGAUUUGCGUACACAAAUCAGAUUUGUCUUGUAGAAAGUGCUUGGCGGUAUUUUCUGGGCCUGUUUGGGUAUGCAGAAGGCUAGCAACUGCGCAUGGCAAACAGGUUUGCAGUAGUCGAAAGCGCAUGACAGACUUGCUCUGGAAUGCGUCAGAUGGCUCCUAUGGCCCUAUAUGCAAGACAAAGAUGAUUUGUGGCCACAAAUCAGCAUCACAAGUUUCCGGUUUGAUAUGGGGAGGGGGGAUUUUUCAUUUUGAUAGAACACGCCAAUGUUCUCCGACCGUUUUUCGCUCGUAUCAAAUGUAAAAAUGUCUGGGUCUGGAAGGUUGCCAGGUUUGUCAUGCACGUUUUGCAUGACUCCUGAUGUCUGUGAUGCAUACCCUAGCAUCACAGAUGUUGUGAGGGCUACCUGAUGCCUAUACCGCAUGACAAAUGCUCUUUCCGUGUAGCAAAACUUGGACUCUCUUUGCUGCUCAUGCAAUACAGAUUUUUUUACAAUCCAAAAUCAGCAUGACAAGUUGCAUUCUUCCAGACCCAGACAUUUUUACAUUUGAUAGCUCGGUGGGAUCGACGAUUUGCGGUUCAAGCUGUAUCUGAACGGAAAGCCGGACGCCGCAGACGGAUGGUGUUCGCUCUACCUGGAAGCCCCGAAGUUUUCGGAGCUGAAGUGCAGGUUCCACUUCCGCAAUUCGGGGAAAAAGCUCAGCUUCGAGCGCUUGGAAAAGUUCCACGACAAGUCAAACAGCUGGGGGUUCGUCUCCGCCGCAAAGGUUGAAGACGAAAUGUCGUCCGCUACCAGUACGUCGCAUCAGUUGUCAAACCUCAAAAGACCUGGUAGCCGUGGCACAAGUAGUACGAACAGUUCCUGCGCAUCCUGGCUUUCGAAAGCGUUCACCGAAGAUAGCAGGAACUCUCGCGUUACAAUCGCGGUGGAGAUUUUGGAGACGCGCAAGCUGGACUAUCGUCUCAGCCAGACGGAAGAUAAUUUUUUGAAAAACCUGAGAAAUCCGGACCGGAGGAAGCAUUUGCUGAAAGAGCUGCAGAGAAUGACAACCUCGUCGUGUUUCUUAAACACAGGAAGUUUCUUCGGAGACGAAGAUGAAGUGUGUGAGGAGAUGACAGAUGACGAGGAUGUUGAAGACCCACAUCGUCUUUGUUCAGGCUCCGCCGAUCAUUCGACAAAUAAUGGGACGGCAGCCAGUGCGUCUUCCGCUUCCAAUGAAGGGGUGGCGGAUCUUCAUCAGAAACACAGCUGCAGGAGAAAGUGCAGAAUAGGUGGGCGCUCAAGUAGCUCGAGUAGCAGUAACAGCUCCAGUGUUGUGCCAGCAAAUAAGGUGCAGCGUGUCGCAGAGCUCCAGGAGAACAUGAAGAACAUUCCGAACCGUUUUCGGAUCCUUCUUUUGGAUGGCUUGCCCGACAGCGCGAAGCAGGUCGCGCUACAAAAGUGGGAGUCGCUGCAGGUGGACGCAAACUCCGGCGAAGCACAAAAGACCAAGAAGUGGCUCGACGGUUUACUGGCUUUGCCCUUCGGAAAGUUCACGCCGCCUCCGGUUCUUUUUCACCCGAAUGGAAAGGCCGAGACCAGAAGGUACUUGCAAAAAACACAGAGCGUGCUGGACUCCGCUGUGUUCGGGCAUGACGAGGCGAAGGAGAAAAUUCUGCAGCUGAUAUGCCAGUGGAUCGCCAACCCGCAAUCGCAGUGCCUGAACUUGGGAAUCCAGGGUCCGCCCGGGAAUGGGAAGACGACACUGUGUCGGAAAGGCAUCGCUAAGGCCUUGUCCCGACCUUUUGUACAAAUCUCGCUCGGAGGCGCCACGGACGCAGCUUUGCUCGAGGGACACCAUUUCACCUACGUGGGGAGCACCUGGGGCCGCCUGGCUGGUACUGAGUCUUCACUUUACAAUCUCAUACGUAGUGGGUGCUUGUCUGCCCUGGGAAUCUGAUGCAAGCUCUGUAUGCCCCUCGGCUCGCCCUCGUGAAUUAAUUUGAAUAUUUUCUAAUUUCAAUUUUAUAAAUUUGAUCAUGUUCUUCCACUUCUACUUUUUGUUUUUUUAUCUUGAACUUUUCCCUGAAAUAAAACAGGUAUGCUGAUGGAAACCAAAUGCAUGGACCCGAUAAUUUUUUUUGAUGAGCUGGACAAGGUUUCUGAUACGCCCCGUGGGGAGGAGAUUGUUGGGGUGCUGACGCACUUGACCGAUCACAGCCAGAACGCGAGCUUUACCGACCGCUACUUUGACGGCGUUCCGCUGGACUUCAGUAACGCGCUGUUCAUUUUCAGCUUCAACGAUGAAACCAAGCUGAACCCGGUGCUCCGCGACCGGUUGACGGUGAUCAAUACUAAGGGGUUCAAUCCCAAAGAGCAGCUGCGAAUCGCGCAGCAGUUUCUGUUGCCCGAUUUGCUGAAGAACGUCGGCAUGAAUGCUGGUGACGUACUGUUGGAAGAUCUCGACCAGCUGCGCUUCGUCACGUUUCGGCAUGGGCUUGCGCAGGACCACGGCUCCAAGGACGGCGGGGUUCGGGGGUUAAAGCAAGCCCUGGAAGCCAUCGUCUUGAAAGUGAACAAGUUGAGGCUGAUUCAGCACUGUAGUUCUUCUAGAACUUGUGCGGGUCUUCAGAACGGCACCGGAGGCGGAGCGGGAGCGGCAUCUUGUUGUGUGUCGAGAGACGAGGCGGGUGGCGUCGCGACGACCACAACGCAAGAAGAUGAAGAUGAGGAUCCGGAGGACGGCCAACAAUCUUCUGACAACGAAAUCCAGGAUGGUGAUGCGGUUUUUACUGUGGAAAGCCGAAGCGGUCGGACGCAAUACGAAACAGCUGGCAGUAGCGAGGAGCAAGGUGAUCAUGCUGAUACAAAAACAGGGACCUUUAUUUCACCUGCAACCGAAGCCGGACAUAGCGCCUCUGCUUCAUCCCGUCGUGUAUCAAAGAAGAAGAAGGAGCGCAAACUCACACUGCCGGUGAAGCUGACGCGGAAAAAUGUAGAGUGGCUCUUGCCGCAAAAACAGCAAUCAAAUGAAAGCUACCGCUACAUGUAUACGUAGUUACGGUUUUUCUUUUUCUAUCGCACGGUUCGAAGUUGAAGUUCUUGCUCUGCUCAAAGAUUUUUUCAUAUACCUGAUGUAUAAUUCGACUGUAUCUGUGCACGAUUUUUUCGUAACACAAUUUUGACUUUUGCGUUUAUGCUCCCGUGCCUAUUUACGAAUUUUUAUCACUUUCUUCGUGUAAAAUUCAUUCAACUUUGCAACGACCAAGUAGUCUAUUUCAACGCAACGAAUUCGAAUAACAAUGUCAACGAGUACACAGUGCUCACGAGACCAACUCCCUCUCAGUGAUUGAUCAUUUGUGAUUUAAUUGCAAGUAUUACUCAAAAACAAGUUGUCAAGUCAAACGAGAGCACGCACUGACAGCAGGUGUCCUGUUUCUGGGGUACCCGGGAGCCGCACUCUCUGUCGCCGGGUACUAUAGGCGAAUUCGCCCGCAAGGGUCCCGCUCCGUCGGGCUGAAGAAAAAGCUCGAAAGAAAAAAAUUAAAAUGCAAUUGAUGUGGAUGGGGCUCUCCCGAACGCC